AUAGGUGAUUAAUAGGUUGAGAUUCGUAAAUAACUACGUGCAAUUUUCAUUCAAUCAUUCCUUGUUAUCGAACUAAUUUUCUGCUUUCUUAGCGAUGUCUGUGACGAUGUGGCGGAGUUCUUUGGCAAAUAAUCGCGAGUGGAUAGAGGAGUUCAUCCUAAUUUAUCAAUCCGAACCAUGUCUCUGGAAAGUGCAAUCCAAGGAUUACCAAAACCCACAAAAAAGAGGUAAUGCCUAUGAAAGACUCGUUUCGAAACUCCUCGAAAUAGAUUCUGGGGCAAACAAUCUCAAAGUGAAAUUCAUAUUAAGAGAAUUGAUCUCGCCAUACAGAAAAGAACUCCAGAAGCUAAAAGAACACCCUUCAUACGUGCCAUUGUUAUGGUAUUUUCCCCUUAUGAGAUUUUUAGACAAUACCGAGGAAACAUCCGUAUCUGAAAAAUGGCGUAUGAGUCACUCCAAUGAGAACCUGAACAGCACCCAACAACAAACUAAGCAUUCAAAGGACUCCACUUCGAGAAUGGAUUCUCAGAUCAGACUUCCAGCUAGUGCGCAAGAAAAUUCAUCAACUUCGUCUACAUUACCUCCAAAAGAUUCUCCUCCAUCUAGUUCCCCUAAUCUAAAGGGUAUGCCAAACACAAAUGGUUCUUCUUCUGAAAAUUCAGUGGACAGUUCGACUCCUCCUGAUUUUCAGACUAGUUUAGGGCGAGAAGAAGAUUUUUAUGAUUUAUUUGGUAGGGUAGUCGCCCACAAAUUACGAACCAUAAAUGAGGGGCAGAGAUUUUGGGCAGAAAAAAUCGUGAAUGACGUUUUAUUCCAAGCACAGCUGGGCAAUCUUUCUAUGCAAACAAGAUUGGUGCAUACUGCAGAGAAAUAUGUAAACGAAGGUGAAAAGAAAGUAAGAACAACAAAACUCUUGUAAUAAAGACAGUGAAGAUAAGUGUGAGGGAGAAGAGCUUUCUGGUUUAGAAAUGAAUAUAAUUAGUCAAUUUCCAUGUAACAAAAUGUAGGUAUCGUAAUAAAAUAGAGAAAAGGACCGGUAAUAUCACUAGAGGGUUGACUUUUUAGCUCCCCAGAUAAUUUUUGACUCAUCCCACUUCAACAUAUAUAUUGUAUAUUUUGAUGAAGAAUAAAUGUUUCGAUUUGAA